UCAUGUGACAGAGCUAGGUCAGACUGAGCAGAGCCGGAGAGGUGUAUUUCACUCGACGCUCCGUACGGUUUUCCCCUACUUUCUCCAACACCACGGCGCUCGAUACUAUCUGCACCCACAACCCAAAUCUUCAAAGCAUCUCCAAGAAUAAUGUCAUAUUUUUUGACAACUGUUGGACUUUUGUGCGCAUUUUAACGCGUUGCGAACUUUUUGGGUAGAUUUGGGAUUUUUUUCGUGCAAGUUUUCGAGUGCGUAAUUGGACAUACGAGCGAAAAUGGAUCGGAUUGUGAGCGCGCAACCGCCUCCUCCGUCUCUUUCUAAACACCAUUCGGAUAUAGGAGACGUACAAGGGAUCGACUACCCUAUGUACGUGUAUAAACCAAGACGUGGCAUGAAAAGAGGCGAAGAGAGCAAGGACACGUACAAGUUACCGCAUAGGCUGAUCGAGAAAAAAAGACGCGAUCGAAUCAACGAGUGCAUCGCGCAGUUGAAAGAUUUGCUACCGGAACACCUGAAACUUACGACUUUGGGUCACUUGGAGAAGGCCGUUGUGCUUGAGUUAACACUAAAACAUGUGAAAACACUGUCUACGUUACUAGAGCAGCAACAGCAGAAGAUACUGGCUCUUCAAAAUGGUCUGCAAAUCGAUCAACCCGUGGUCAACCAGGAGAAGUCCGAGGAGAUGUUCCGCUCCGGUUUCCACAUGUGUGCCAAAGAAGUUCUCCAGUUCAUCGCAAACCACGAACAAGACCGCGAAUUCAGCCUGUCCCACGUCAUCACCCACCUCCACAAGGUCGCCUCCGAGGUCCUCCACCCGCCCCAGCGGCCGUGCACUCCCCCCAGCCCCGAGCCCCAAGACGUCCAGCCCUACCACCACCAGCACCCGUCCCACAAAGAAAUCUCCCAGGAAGAGGUCCAGACCAGGCUGAGCCCCGCCCCGAAACCCACCGCCAAUGAGGGCUACGUCAAGAACUGCGUCUCUGUCAUCCAGAGAACGUACGCCAGCCAGGGAGGGGAGCAGAGCGGGAGCGACACGGACACGGACAGCGGGUACGGCGGCGAGCUGGAGAAGGGAGAGUCCAGGGCGCAGGCGGGUCGACCAGAGUACUACGCCUCCGAAAGUCAUCUCAAACGGGCCCUGAGCGACCGACAGAGCUCCACCAUCAAGCUGGAAGAAGAGAUGCCUCGACACAAGAGACCAAGAGCCGAAUCGUCCGAGGAUGAGGUUUCUAGCGGCGAAUCGUCUUCGUCGAGCGGCUACGCCAGCUACUCCCCGACGCACGGUCCGCCGCCUCCUCCGCCCCACCCGCUAUGCAUGCCUUUCUACCUCAUUCCACCCUCGGCAGCGGCUUACCUGCCCAUGCUGGAGAAGUGCUGGUACCCGGGGGCCAGUAUCCCGAUGCUGUACCCAGGCAUGGGGGGCUCGUCUCCGGCCGGGGAGCGUCCAGGCCCACCCUCUCUGGUGCUGUCGCCCAGGGGAGGCUCACCCGCUCCGGUCAUCUCCUCCUCUCACUCCCCCAUGGACUCACCCGCCCUACUGCAAGCGCUCAAGCAAGUGCCACCCCUCAACCAGGAAACCAAAGAGUGAAGUGAAGGCCCGAGCGUUCACACGGACUAAAGGACACAGUAUUAGUGGGAGGAGCGCGACUACAACUGAGCCAUUUCGCAUAAGCUUUGCAGGAAAUUCUACUAGCCUGGCCACAAACUAGAAAUUCGUAUUGUAACUCUAAAUAUAUUAACCAAUGAAAACAAGUUGGCAACAAAAUAAGCUUCAGAAAUGUUACAAAUCUAUUUACGUGCCCUAAAAAUCUGCUGUAUUUUCGUUAAAAGUGUAUCCAUGGAUUUCAGAAUUCUGAAAAUUGACUUUGCGAUUAACAAUUUAUAUUGCUAUAUCUUUUAAAUUGUGAGAAGUCCUCAAAAAUAUCCAAUUUAUGGCUUUAAAGUCGUGUAAUAUGACUGAAAAUUCAAAAGUGAAAUGGCGUUAAAUGGCAUGGCUACGGUCCUAACUUUUCAUCAUUCUGAAACCCAUGAGUUGGUCGGUAUCCGUGGGUUGGUUGCCAUAGCAAAUAACAAUUCAAAACAAUAUUUUAUGACUUUUUAAUCACUCAACAGUCCUCAAACUUCCACAAUAACACCUUUCUAUUUAUGUAACCAAUCAGAGAACGACACACAAUGAGAUUUUUGACACUUAACAUUGGUAAUACAUGGAAUAAUUUUCAAAAAACAAUGAAAAUUUGCUUCGAAUUUCCAUUUUCUGACCAGGUUAGUUUAUUUUAAAAGCCAACUCUCUUGCCGAAUGUUCCCUUAAUGUAAGAUAAAACUCCCCCCGCCCUCCUCACUGGUGUUUGAAUGUAGAGAGACUUUUCAAGAUGCUGCUGAUAUGAACCGUUGCAGAAGACUUUUUUGCACCACUUUUCUGCCCCCUCCCCCCUUUUGCACCAAAUCUUAGCACCAAAACGCCCGCGGUCACGUUUUGCACCAGGCACUCUUCUCUCUGCACACUGUGUCAACACUGCGAGUGUGUACAGUCCCGACCAUCCGACCACAAUGAAUGCAACGAUUCCUCAACACGCGACAGUUUUAUGUAAUUAUUGUCCAUAUAUUGUUGUACAUUUCUAUUUUUGAUACCUGUUUUAGCGCUAUAGGAGCAGAGAGUGGACAAUAGUACACUACCAGUCAAAGGGUUCGGACACACUUUUUCAUUUUUGUCCUUUGUUUUAAGGAAUUGUUUAUGUUGUAGAUUCGCACUGAAGGCAUCAAAACUAUGAAUGUAAACUGAAAAUAACUCAAAAGUUGUAACUCUUUGCGCACUUUUGUCAUCUCCUGACCCUGAGAAGGCAAAGCAGUGAAGUGAAAACCAUUUCAGGAGAGCAAAGUGAGGAUUUGAAUCUAAACUUAAAAAAAAUGACUUAAGUUAUUUCGCAAUUUUUGGUCACAGCAUAAUCCCAUCUAUCUUACUUCAUAUAUUUGAUGUCUUCUGCAUUUAUCUAAAAUGUGGAAAUCUCUGAGAGUGUGUGAAGGUGUGUCCGUUCUCCAGCCUGGCGGUGUGUGUAUGUAUAUUGUGUGCAUACAGUAGCACUGUGGCGGACCUGCGUAUCUCAAAUCAAACCUGGUGUUUGUUUUUGCUGUUGCCUUGUGAUCUAGACUCUCUCUGUCCCUCUGUGUUUACUGUAAGAACAGUGCAGUCGGAGGAGGAGAGCCCGUGAAUGUUUCAACAUGAGAAUAGUUUUUAUAGAGAGAGGUACUUAAGAUGUUCUAUUUUGGGACCUACCUGAAAGAAGCUCGAUGUAAAUACUGUAUUUUGUCUAUAAAUGUUGAUAUACAAUAUAAGUGUAUUAAUAAAGUUAUUAUUUUUCCCGUGGAA